CAAAAAUAUUUCCUGUAAUGGGAAACUUUUUCAUUAGCAUUGUUUUGUUCCUCUUUCUUUUUCUUUUUCUCAUACGUUUUAAAUCAUAGUUUAUCUUUCGUUUAAUUAUUAUUGCGCCAGGUCUGUAAAAUACAAACAAAGAAAUAUUCACAAGAAAAAUAUUAUUUAUGGAAUCCUUGUACACCAUGUUGCGAUGAUAAACCAAAACCACCACCUUGUCCGUCAAACCGCAGCCUACAGCGAUCACGGUAACCAAUCUAUGGGUGCGAACUUUGUCAGGAAAAUCCUAACCAUGAGGAAAGUUUUGAUAAAAGUAGAGUCAAAGAAUUGACGUCGCCUAUUAUAUUUUAUUAAAUGUAUUUAAAUAAUAUAUAUACGUGUACAUAGAAAGAUCUAAAAUGUUUCAUUAUAAAUAUCUUUUGUAGUACACAAAGGUGAUCAAGAAGUAAAAUUCUUUCUUCUUCUCACAGGAGAAAUUUUUGUACACCAUUUACCGUUCCAUUAAUCCACUUGAAAUUAAUCCAUAUUACACACAAUACAUUUGUGUUUCAAGAAUUUCACGAAUGAUCUCAUCGAUUACCUCAUUUUCGACAUAUAGAUGUAACUAUUUUCUAUGUACCUAGCAACAUCCCGGAGAUAUUAUUUGGGAUCAUUUCCAACCAGACACUCAACUACUACAGUACGACAGUUUAUUAGUAAUAAGAGGUUUCUGGUUGGUGAUUCUUGCCCUAAUAACAAUGUCAGAAGCAGAGAAAAAUGUUGAAUCUCUGCGCUCCGUUGUGGAAGGUGCAAAUCAAUUUAGUUCUUCAUUCUUUCAGACCGUGGUACGACACAAUCCUGGCAACCUUAUAACGUCCCCUUUAAGUGCAAGUAUUGUUCUUGCUAUGACAGCUUUCGGAGCUCGUGGAAACACAGUAGCCCAGUUUAGAAAUGUACUUCAUCUGCCAACUUCAGAGAGUCUUGCCACGUCUGGUUAUCAGUCACUUAUUGAUAAUCUCAAUAAUGUGAAAGACAAUAAAUUGGCUGUUGCAAAUAAAGUCUUCGUAGCUGCAAGUUUAAAUUUGAAACCAAGUUACAAAAAUUUGACUGAAGUUUAUUUCCGCUCUUCUUCUCAAUUAGUAAACUUUGCUCAAAGUCAGGAAGCUGCAAAUAUUAUUAAUAGUUGGGCCGAACAAAAUACAAAUAAUCUCAUUAAAGAGCUUGUAACUCCUGCAAUGUUAGAUGACUUGACAAAGUUAGUACUUGCCAAUGCAGUAUAUUUUAAAGGCCAAUGGAAAGAUAAGUUCGACCUUAAGUUAACGAGAAAUAUGCCAUUUCAUACUAGUAAAGUUGAAGUAAAAAAUGUUCCUACAAUGUAUAGACAAGGUAAAUACAAAUAUGGAGUCCUCGUAGAUUUAAAUGCGAAAUUCGUUGUAAUACCAUACAAGGGUGACGAAUUGAGUAUGGUUAUAAUUCUUCCAAAUGAAAUUAAUGAUCUAUCUGAUGUUGAGAAAAAAUUACAAAAUAUAAGUGUAACAAACAUUCUAAGUCAAGGACAUGGGGAAGAAAUGAGAUUAUGGUUACCAAAGUUCAAGGUGGAAAGUAACAUAGAUCUUAGGAAUGUCUUAAUAGAGAUGGGUUUAACUGAUGCGUUUGCUGGUGCUGAUUUUUCUGGGAUUGCUGAUGGUGAAGGUUUAUGCAUCAGUCAACUUAUACAAAAGGCAUACAUUGAAGUGAAUGAAGAAGGAAGUGAAGCUGUUGCUGUUACUCGUCGCGUUGUAACGAAGAGAAAGGGUGGUUGUAGAUAUAUAAGGGAGUUCAAAAUUGAACAGCCAUUUUUUUAUUAUAUCAUAAAAACUAUGAAAGAUGAAAUAGGUAAUGAUAUUAAUCUACCACUAUUCUGUGGUUCUAUUUACGAACCCAAAUUCUAAGCGCAGUAGUGCCGUAAUAGUAAUAUCGUAAUAAUGUGAUAAUUAAUUCAUGCACUCCGUGCAUAGUUAUAAACAUUUUACUAAUACCUUGUUUUACAAUAAAUACAUUGCAUUUGUCUUAAA